AUGGUUGCGCAGGUGCCUGCGGGCAAGUUCGACAACAGCAAGGGCUGCGGAACGUGCUACGAAGUUUCCUGCACGGGCCGCGCAUGCAAGGGCGGCUCCGUGAAAGUGCGAGCGAUCGGGCAGGCCGGCGAAAACUUCAACCUCGACACUCCCGUGUGGAACAAACUCGUGGGCGGGCAGGGCGGGCAAGUGGAGGUUACGUAUGAUCAGGUGGAUUGCUCUAGCAGCGGCGGAAUGGCGGUAAGACUUAUGCCCGAUGCCGGCCAAUACUACUUCGCGCUUCAGAUUUUCGGAGCGGCGAGGCGCGGACGAGUGGAGAAGGUGGAGAUAUCGAAGGACGGCAGCGACUGGAAGAGCAUGACGAACAACGGGUGGGGCGCGACGUGGGUGCUGAACCCCGCCACGGGCGUCGUGGAUGCGGGGCGCGCGGUGAGCGUGCGCGUGUCGGGCAGCGGGAAGCAGGUGGUGCUGGACGGCGUAAUUCCGAGCAAGUGGCGCGGCGGCGAGAUCUACAAGAGCAGCAAAAACUUCUAG